GAUACUUUUAGUAUAAAAGGACAGUCAGAUUUUUAUUUAGCCAGACUGUUCUCAGACUCCGUAGCGGUAACUAACAAAAUGAAAUUCCUAGUAGCUAUUGCCCUGGCCGUGGCCUGCGUACACGCUGACGUGGCCCACCUGAAGGGUAGUGACGUCGACGCCCAAAUCCUCAAGUUUGACUCCGAUGUCCAACCUGAGAGCUACCAUUACGGCUAUGAGACCAGCAACGGCAUCUCCGCGCAAGAAGCUGGCCAACUUAAGGUCGUGAGCAAGGACGAAGCAAGUAUUGCAGUCCAGGGUCAAUACCAAUACCAAAGCCCAGAAGGACCGAUCCAGCUCACUUACGUCGCUGACGAGAACGGUUACCAGCCCCAGGGUGCCCAUCUGCCUACACCCCCACCACCCCAGCCGAUCCCCGACUACAUCCAACGUUCCUUGGAUUGGAUUGCAGCUCAUCCUCAGCCUGUGAACCAGAAGUUUUAAGACGGAUUCAAGACCUUGACAGACUCUUCAUUGACGACCAACUGCUGCUAAAUAGAUUAACCUAUUCAAAGGACGCAUCGCUGUCUAUGAAAUAAACAGUGAUUGACUUCA